CCUUUGCUCAUCUACUCUAUCCACUUGUUGAGGUUGUGACCGCGCUGAGUUCAGAGGAACAGAGAAGGAGCAAUGGCGCUCGCGCUGGUCGGAAACCUUCUCUCUAUGCCCACCCAUCGCCACCUUCCCGACAUUUCUUCUCUCUCUAUCACAAGGCAUUCUACUGUGGGAUUCCCCGUCUCCUCUCCGUCAUCAUCUUCUCUCUCUCUCGUCGUUUCUCCCCUUCCUCAAACCCACCAUCUUGUGUACUGUGGUCGUGGGGAUAAGAAGACCGCCAAAGGGAAACGUUUCAGACACUCAUAUGGCAAUGCGAGGCCCAGAAACAAGAAGAAAGGGAGAGGGCCUGCGAGGCCGCCCACCACCCCAGCGCCGCCAAGGAAGGACCGCUUCGAUGAUGGGGAGAUCAUCAAGAUUGAACUGGACGAGUCUUUGUUCUCUAACUAGAAAUUGUUUCUGUUCGAUGCCCUAGUCGGCCUUUAUGCACUUUGUAUUCCUUUCUCUUUUCCUUGUAGAUCGACUGCGAACUCUUCUUUGGGAGUAAUCCCUCAUGCUUUACUGGUACUGUUUGAUGAAUUUUGCUUUUGGAAGAAGUAUUGGUUGCAUACAGGCAUUUGCUUA